AUGUGCAUUGUCUCAGCCCAAGUCAUACAUGCCAACUGUUCGUGCAAAGCUGGCAAAGUAGGAUAUUGUAAUCACGUUCUUGCUAUAAUGUUAAAAGAGUGCAAGUUUAGUUUAUUCGACAGCAAAAGCACAGCAGAUUUGAGCCAGGAGGAUGAUGAACAACCAGAUCUUGCUUGCACAUCCCAACUUCAAAAAUGGCACAAGAAGGGUCGCGGGGACAAAAUAUCUGCUCAACCGGUAAUGGAAGUCACCAUUUCAAAAACAAAGUUGGAUGAUACCAAAACUAGGGAAGGAGUGAAGUGCUUGUUGUAUGAUGCAAGAUCAAACCCUGUGCAUGAUGUUCAAGCAGAACUU